AUGGCUGAUCAUGCUGUUGGCGACACGGAGCUGUCUGUGCCGGACAGUAUUGACUUCAACCACCCUUACACGCCCUAUGAUGUGCAGACUGACUUCAUGAAGGCCGCUUAUCGCGUGCUGCAACGUGGCAAUGGACAAGUCGGCAUCCUCGAGAGUCCGACAGGCACGGGCAAAUCCCUCUCCCUGAUAUGCGCCUCGUUGACGUGGCUUCGGAACCAGCGUGUCGAGGAACAUGAGGCGUCUCUCAAAGUCAACAUGGACGACUUCAAAGAUGAGCCGGGUUGGAUCGUGGAGCAGAUGCUCCGGCGCAAGAGAGAGGAGCUGGCCCGGACUUGGGAGGAGCGAGAGAAGAAACUGGAGCAGAUCCGUCAGAAGGAGAAGGCCGUCGAGGCUCGCAGCGCCAAGCGACGUCGUUUCGACGAUGGGCCCUCUGGGCCGAAGCUGCGCGGUGCCGACCAGGACGAUGAUGAGUGGCUGCUUGAUGAAGCAGAUGCAUCUGGCCCAAGCGAUGGAGACGCCAUGAGCGGCCUCAGCAAGGAGACCAAAGAUAUUCUGACGAGGUUCGGUCUGGGCAACCUCAAAGCGGAGCAAGAGGAGGACAAGAUCGCCGAUGGAAUCAAGAUAUACUAUACGUCGAGAACGCACUCUCAACUCACACAAUUUAUCCAUGAACUGCGACGGCCCACAUUCCCAUCGUCCAUACCGCCAUCCGUCGUGCAAGGCCGAAGUAAAGGCGAGGAUGCCGCCAAAGAGCCGGUCAAACACCUCCCCCUGUCGUCACGCCAAAAGCUCUGCAUCAACCCGUCCGUGGCACGUCUGGGCACUCUCUCUGCCAUCAACGACCGGUGCUCGGAGCUCCAGAAACCCAAAUCCAAGGACAAGUGCCCUUACACGCUGAAGGAAGACAACGUGGCCCAGACGCAUCAGUUCAGGGACACUGCCCACGCCACGCUGCCCGAUAUCGAGGAUCUCUAUCAUCUCGGCAAGAAGCUGUCGAUCUGCCCGUACUAUGCCUCCCGAGCCGCCGUUGCGGGCGCCGAGAUCAUCACUCUGCCCUACCCCUUGCUUCUGCAGAAGAACGCGCGAGACGCCCUCGGCAUCAAGCUGGAGGGCAACGUCGUCAUUGUCGACGAGGCUCACAACAUCAUGGACGCGGUGGCCAACGUGUAUGCGUCCGAGAUAAAGCUGAGCGAGCUGAGACAGGCGCGGCAGAUGCUCGGCGUCUACGUGAGGAGAUUCGGCAAAAAGCUCAAGGGAGAGAACCGCGUCAUGGUCGGACAGGUGGGCAGGGUCAUUGAGGGCCUCAGUGAGUGGAUGGAUGGGCAAUCGAAGCUCAAGAGUACUCAAGGCAUCGUAGACUCCAAAGUUCUCCUCCGCUGCAAGGGCGUGGACCAGAUCAACCUCUUCAGGUUGGUUCAGUAUAUCCAAGAGUCGAAGCUGGCCUAUAAGAUUGAGAGCUACGUCGCGCAUGUCGAAGAGGAAGCGGUUGGCGCCGGCCAUGGCAAGCCGCCGUCGAGAUCAUCCGCGCCUGUUCUCCACACUCUUUCCUCAUUUCUCAUCUCUCUCACCAAUCUCAGUUCCGAGGGUCGGAUAUUCUACGAAAAGCUGGCGACCGACCCGCCGGAUAUACAGCUCUCGUACCUUCUGCUAUCCCCAACUCACGCCUUCUCGUCCAUCGCUACGAGUGCCAGGGCCGUUAUCCUCGCAGGCGGCACCAUGUCUCCCUUUAACGACUACAAGUCGCAUCUUUUCCCGUACCUGCCGGAAUCCAAGCUGACAACACUCAGCUGUGGUCACGUUAUCCCACCGUCAAACCUGUGCGUGUGGACAUUGGCAGGGCCGGAACCGGGUCCUAAUCGGGACAUUAAUUCAACCUUUGAGUUCAGCUUCCAACGAAGGGGCGAAGCGUCAACAAUGAGCAACCUGGGAAUGGCCAUCCUGAACAUGUGCAAUGUUGUUCCCGACGGCGUGGUCGUGUUCUUCCCUAGCUACGGAUACUUGGAGGAGGUGGUUACUGCAUGGAAAGGGGCUGGGCCGCGGAACAGCCAGGGUCAGAACGGCGCCAGUUCGAUCUGGGACCGUUUGCAGCAGAGAAAGGCGGUUUUCAGCGAGACUCGCGGCGGCUCCAGUGACGAGGUGUUGGAAGCGUACAGCCGGGCCAUAUUGGGUGACGGCAGCGAGCCGCACUCGGGAGCGGCAGCUAAACCUCGUGGUGCUCUGCUUCUAAGCGUCGUCGGCGGUAAGAUGAGCGAGGGCAUCAACUUCUCGGACCGGCUGGGUCGCUGUGUCAUCAUCGUGGGCCUACCGUACCCCAACAUUAACUCUCCCGAGUGGAAGGCCAAGACGGAAUACAUCGAGAGCACGACCGUCCAGCGACUGACGGACCCGUCGUUAGGGACCGCGCAGAUGGCGAGAGAAGAGGCGGAGGCGGUCGCGAAGCAGGCGGCCAGGGACUUUUACGAGAACGCGUGCAUGAGGGCGGUAAACCAGAGUAUCGGCCGAGCCAUCCGGCAUCAGGGAGACUAUGCGGCCAUCGUGCUCGUAGAUCGCAGAUAUGGCACAGACAGGAUCCGAGAGAAGCUCCCAGGUUGGAUUCGCGGGGGUCUAAACGGUGAUAGCCACGAAAAGGGGCUGCCUCAACUGAUGGGAGCGUUGAGUGGCUUCUUUCGGUCGAAGCGGAUGGGUCCGUCGUGA